UGAGACCAGCAUCAUCCGCAUCAUGCGAAGCUGGUUCAGGAACAGCUGCUCGCCGCGCGGCGUCGUUGUUCUGCACGCUGCAAUCACGUAACGGGGGAAGACAGAGCGGCACCAUUUCAUCGGUACGGUCUGUUUAUUACUGGAUGUGACUUAAACAACCGAUCGGAGCUCAUUUUUGGCCGGUUGCACGGCUGAUCUCGGCGGUAAAGCGCAGAUAUGCACGCAGCAGGACGCAUGUUACGUCGCUCACGUGAGAUGUGAUGAAAUGAUGAUGAAGAUGAUGAUGGCCCAGGGGGAGAAAGACCCGAAACACACCGGCCAAGUUGUGCUGGUCAAGAAGAUCAUAAUGAAGCAUGACAAUCCGGUCCGGCAGGGCAUCGGGAAGCCGAGCGUCUAUCAUGCUGUUGUGGUCAUCUUUCUGGAGUUUUUCGCCUGGGGUCUCCUGACCACACCGAUGCUCAUGGUUUUGCAUGAAACGUUCCCCAAACACACGUUCUUAAUAAACGGCCUGAUUCAGGGAGUGAAGGGUCUGCUGUCGUUUAUGAGCGCUCCGUUAAUUGGCGCUCUGUCAGACGUGUGGGGCAGACGAUCGUUUCUAUUGGUUACCGUGUUCUUCACGUGUGCGCCCAUCCCGCUCAUGAGACUCAGUCCAUGGUGGUACUUCGCCAUGAUAUCGGUGUCUGGCGCUUUUUCCGUCACUUUCUCUGUAAUCUUCGCGUACAUCGCAGACGUUACGGAUGUGCGUGAGAGGAGUACGGCGUAUGGACUCGUUUCUGCGACGUUCGCAGCGAGUCUGGUCACCAGCCCGGCCAUCGGAGCGUACCUGUCAGCCAGCUACGGAGAUAAUCUGGUGGUGCUGCUGGCGACUCUCAUCGCUCUGGCCGACAUCUGCUUCAUUCUGCUGGCUGUCCCAGAGUCACUGCCCGACAAGAUGAGGCUCAACACAUGGGGAGCGCCAAUCUCCUGGGAGCAGGCCGACCCAUUCGCUUCUAUGCGGAAAGUUGGGCAGGACACGACCGUUCUGCUCAUCUGUAUCACAGUGUUUCUGUCCUAUCUGCCCGAGGCGGGUCAGUACUCCAGCUUUUUCCUCUACCUGCGACAGGUCAUUAACUUCUCGCCCAAAACGAUCGCGGUGUUCAUCGGCGUGGUGGGAAUCCUCUCCAUCCUGGCACAGACGCUUUUUCUGACUUUAUUGAUGAGGACCAUCGGGAACAAGAACACGGUUCUUCUGGGUCUGGGUUUCCAGAUUCUUCAGCUGGCCUGGUACGGUUUGGGGUCCGAGCCGUGGAUGAUGUGGGCGGCCGGCGCGGUGGCGGCCAUGUCCAGCAUAACCUUCCCUGCAGUGAGCGCUUUAGUGUCACGCAGUGCGGAUCCAGAUAAACAGGGUCUGGUUCAGGGCAUGAUAACAGGGAUUCGGGGGCUCUGUAAUGGUCUGGGUCCGGCACUGUACGGCUUCAUUUUCUUCCUCUUUAAUGUGGAGUUGAGCGGGAUCACCACCAUCCAGCCCGACUACGCCAUCCCACUACAGACCUCCACAGAGAAGACCAUAAUCCCCGGUCCUCCGUUCCUCCUGGGCGCCUGUACAGUGGUGGUGGCGUUUAUAGUCGCUCUCUUCAUCCCGGACCACCCGACACCCCCAGCGACGCCCUGCCAAACCCUUAAGAGCAGCGCGAGUCUAGCCGGCGCUCACACCAACACGCCACUGCCGGGGAGCGACGAGGACUUCGAACCGCUGCUGGAGGACAGCAACGUCUGACUCUGAAACAAAAUCACGUUUGGAAAAAAUGAAAAGGGCGUCAACACAUCGCAAACCCUCCAUCUGCCCGGCGACUAAUGUUUGAGAGCAUGCGGAAUUUAUUUAGUGUGUUUUUUUGUUGAUUAUGACGAAACGGUUAUUGGUUUUAAACUCAGAGGCUUUUUUAUUAAGCGUUUUUACAGCGUUUAACAUUCAGUGUUCAAAUGAAUCAACACACUAAGGGCUCGAUCAGUGGGAUCGUAUGCGUUCGGUUUGAUUGCAAAGCUCUUCAUGUAUAUAGAUAUUUGGGCAAAGUGCAGUAAAGUUUAUUGUACUGUAUGCGGAGCUUGUGGUGGCUUGAAAGUCGUGAGAUUGAAGAAAAACUGGGUGAAUUUCAUGAAAUCAUGAUUUAGGUCAUUACGACCUGAAGAAGAAAAAAAAGCCUAUUUUUAGACUUUUCUUGACAUUAUUUUCAAGCACAUUUUCUCCCUCCUAAAAACAGGCUUUAUUUGCAUUAAGAAAAAACUAAUUUCUUGUGAUUUUAAACCGAUUUCAUGAGAUUCACCCAAACGGAAUUUGAGAUUAAUACCCCGACAGUAUUUUUAUACUGCAGCGAUUGAGCUAAGUUUCCUUACGCAAGCCUUAAAGUCACAUAUCCUGUGGCGUAUGGCAAGGUUUUAAUAGAUUAGAGAUGCAUCCAGUUGCAUGAACAGUAUUUGUGGCGAUGUUAACCAAACCCGAAACACUAGAGCACCAGCGGUUUGGUGUAGUUACUGAUGCAAACGUAGUUCUUUUAGGCCAGUUAGUUGUUUCGGACAUGGCUUGAUUGUGAAGUUCUUGAAUUGUGUGUGUGUGUGUGUGUAAAGGUUCUAUGCAGCAGUGAUCAAAAAUGGCAUUAAAUUUAAAACAAAAAUGGGUUGCGAAUGCCAUUUCAUGUUGAGAAACAUGGGUUAAAAAUCACAGUAUUGCUUAAAAUAUUACAUUUGUACAAGUGAAAUUUUACCUUCAUUUUUACUUUCAAGAAAAAAAUUGGCAAUGUGCAUUUGUGAAGCUAUUUUAACUCAACAAUAUUUAUAUAUUUCCUUAAGGAUAAUUAGUAUUUAUUAAAAAUCAGCCAACAUCUACAUACCAGCUACCUCAUUUUUGGAGGUUUCGAUGAUUUUGUGAAAUGAGGUGAGAUUCGACCGGACUAUAUUUUUAUCUGCGUCUUGUUUUUUAGCCACAUUCCAUUUUCAAUAUGGGAUUUUGGAUUUUUCCAAGAUUCAUUAGAAUUACAGAAGAAUUUCAUUGUUUUGUUCAUGAAUUCCAUAUUUUCUCAUACAAUUAACGUUUUCCAAGCUGAUGAUUUAUUUUUUUGCAUGAACACUGGUGUGAAUUUCCAGAACAAUGCUUUAUGUUUCCCAGAGGCCUCUGUCUGUUUUGUGUGAAGAACACUGUUUGUGGAGCGUCUCAUUAGAGUUUGAGGUCAUUGUUUGACUGACCUGUGCUCAUUUCCUGUUCCACAUGCUUAUCAUUUCCUCCACUUCCAGUAUUCCAUACAAAUAUGGCAGAUAUUCCAUUCAGAACGGUUCUGGUGACCUGUGAAUCAAACAGAGAUCCUGAACAGAAUCUGAAUAUUUGCUUCCCAUCAUUUAUUCUCCACCCUUGACCCUUUUUCCAUGUGUUUGCAUCAUUUCAGCCAUAUUUAUAAAGCAGCGAUGUGAAACUUUAAGCUUGUGUGUGUAUUUAUGAUGCGACUGCGGAACGUGACAUUCCAAAGCGUGUAACGGCUCAGCCGUAGUUCCCGCGCGUUUUGGUUUUGAAUAUAUUCGUGCACAGCUUGUAACGGCGGUUUAAAAACGCAAUAGCGACGGCCAUAUUUAUUAUUUUAGGAUUGUAAAGCAUUGUAUAUGUAUUGAAUAGUAUUACAGAAAAACUUUUACAUGUUGCUAGACCCGCAAUAUUUUUGGAACAAUUAAAGUGCUGCUCCAAAUAAGGUCAACCAUCGUCAGGAGCAACACGCACGCGUUCCCGAGAAUAACUUUCCCUUUUCCUUUCUGAACUCGUCAAGUAUUUGUGUGUCUUUCAACGGGAUACACAAGGUGCCUGAAGUGUAAAACAUGUUUGUAGUGGAUCCGAGUCUGACUGUAAAUACCGAGUACAUUGAGCAGCUGAUGAAGAUGAAAUGUACAGGGACCUUUACGUAUUUAUUGUCAUGUAUUGUGGGAAUCGAUUAAAUAGGUGCAAAUGAAUAAAGAACACUAAGAGUCA